UUGCCAACGCAAUUAAAUGACAAAACACUUGAAUUGAAAUUAUAUAACAAAGCCAUAUAAAAGUUGAAAUUAACAAGCAAAUGAAAAUGCAAACACAACAGCAACGUGGGCGCAAGCCCAUGCAACUGUUAUACAAAGCACGUCAAAUGCAGCAAAGCAGCAGCAACAAUUCCAUAAUAAGCGCCACGAGUGGUAAACAGGAGCAGCACCAGCAGCAGCAGCCGCCUGCGUUGGAGCCAACGAAGCAUGCGAAGCGUGUUACUUUUGGCAAGCAGCAGCGCAAGCCGCUGGAACCACAAACCACAAUCAGGGAAACCGAAGUCCAAACGGGUCUAACCUCAUGUCUGAUAACAACAACAAACAAUGCGCAGCGCAUUGAAGCGGGUGCUAAUAAUCCGGCGGAGCGUAAGGUGGGCUGGCUGGCACGCACGGACAGCGAGUGUCAGUUUCGGGCGCCUGGUUUGAACUUUCUAAAUGAUCGCGAUACAAAUGUUGUAACCUUUGAAGUUAAAAUGCGCGACUCAGUGCAGAGCUUAAAGAAUUUCACAACCAAAUGCGAUUACUUUCCCAAAUAUGUAGACAAUCGUCCAUUUAAGGAUCAAGCAACACAAACACUUUACAGAGAGUCCUCAGCACAAACUGUAGCCUAUCUACCGGAUAUACUAGACAAAGAACAAGAUGAGAACCUAGAGCUAUUCAAUCUAUCAUCGCUGCUGGCGGGCGAUAAGCCACCUGGACUCUAUGAGGUGGAAGUGCUCGAACGCGCGCGCAAGCGUUGGGCCUUUAAUAAAGCCCUUAAAACCAACUUCAAGCGACAAUUGCAUGAGGCACGUGAGCAGGCAAUCAAAAGUAAAUAUCGUCCUGUUUUGGAGGCUUUCGAAUGGGAGCACUGGAUGGAGCGUGAGGAGUACAUACAGGAAUGUCAAAUGAUGCGUUUGGAAAUAGUUAUACGCAUGUUUGACAAGCGUGAAAAGCAAAUGCAUAAAGAUUCCAUCACACGCAUUGAAACCGCCUGCGAGGAUAUAGAAAAGAAACGUUUGCAUGGCUUGCAUAAGAAUGAAAUUGAAUAUCAGCGCGCCAUCCGAAGAUUGCAAUGGAAACAGGCGGGCACUACACGUCGCUGGAAGAAACAAAGUCCUGGCUACUCGCUGGGCUCACCCUGUUCGGAGUUCUAUGGUCCACUGCUGCGCAAUGGCGUUGAUCCAGCGCGUCGCAGUUUUGUUGGCGACGGACGCAAAGCAUUCGAUAUGCGCAUCGAUGAUUUGGAGAAGCGCGUGAAUAUGCAGCAGCUGCAAUGUCCGUUUACCAAGCUCAAGGAAUGGUCCAAGCCUAAGGAGUAUGUUAAGGAAUAUGAGCAGAACUUCUGUUCGGACAAGCAUUUGCAGAAGCUAUACGAAUCCUUGAAGGGGCUACGCACACAGGCAACCAAGCAAAAGGUGGCACCCAAAUGCCUGAAGCGACGUCCACAGCCUGUCGACGAUACCGAUAUGCAUGCAUUUGACUUUGAUUAUACGGAACCCGAUAUGAUAGCGUACUUUGAUAGACGUACCCAUUAUGCUAUGUCAUCCACGCAGUUGGGUCCUUCACAGUCGCAGCUAUUGGCUAUAAGAGCUCAUGAAAAUGAGAUGGCCGAGCAUGCGCAUACUACCGAAAAAGCGGAAGAAAUGUGGCGCGAGCGACACAAUGAGGAUUUGGAGCAAAUGCUGCAUUUGUAUGAAGGCAGCGCCAUAGGCUGGUUGCUGCAGUUUUUGUCGGAGGAAAUGGAGCGUUUGAAGGAACAACGCAAGCUGCACUUCUUUGCUAUCUUAGCGCAAAAGGAGCGCUGGAGACGCGAAGCUGCCGAAGCAGGUUUGCGUCAAAAGGAGAAUAAUAUGCGUUUGCUAUACGAGGAAAUGUUCCAAUCCACAAAUCUGGUGCACAACGAUGUUACCGAUGAGUAUAUCAACACUAUAUUGACUACAGAUAUGGCGCACAUAGCGGACUGCGAUGCGGAGCAGUCUGUUGUUAAAUUAGCCAAGCAAAUAGACAAUGAUAUACAGCGCUGGCUCGAAACCUUUAAGCUCGUACAAAAUCCCUUAACCUAUGAGCCCUUGCGUCAUCUAUUGUACGAUAUGGUAUUUCCCGAUUUUAAUGCUGCACUAGCUCACCAUGAGAAGAAUCUUAUAGCCAAAUACAUUAUAGAUGAUGUUAUAUUUGAAAAUAUUUGGGACAUACUCGAGCCCUUUGACAUAGGCACUACCUUAGCCUCCGAUCUAAUAGAUCGUCUCAUCGACAAUGAUCUCUUGCUCUUCUCCACAGACAGCGAGGAUGAUCAGCCACAUCGCAGUGGCUGGUAUGAAGCACAGGCUAUCAUACGCAAGCUUAUACGUCAGGCCGUGCCCGGCAGACGUUGGAAAACCGAAAAUGAACGCAUUGUGCAUGAGAACUAUAAUGAUUUGUUUGAUGAUGUUUUUGCAGCAAUAUUUCGUAAAAUUGAAGGUGAACUGCCGCCCGAGGAGCCUAAAGAAGUUUCGCAAAAUUGGUCCAGGAUGCACAUUACCUCGCAGGAUAAUACGCGACAUGAUCCUGCCCUCGAUGAACAUCGCUUAACUGCAAGCUCACUCAUAGACUCCGAUUUCAUACGUGAACAAAUACUGAAUCUAUUCAAGAAAAUGAAAACAGAUAAGAUUACUAAGGAUUUGGGGCCCACCGGACCUGCUUUUGACGGUGAAGAUAACCUGGGCAAGGAGGUGAACAAUGAUGUGUUAAUCAAUGUGCAGACCUAUCAUGAAGUACCCAUGUCCCAGCCACCAGAAGUCGAUGAUAUCUUUAGUGUUAUCAGCACUUUGGACAUACAAAUGGAAGAUGAUUUUAGUCAGUUGCGUAGCAGAAAUAAAAUGGAAACGCCUGCACCAGGCAGCAUUGAUACACCGGGCACAGAUAUAGGUGUGGAUUUUGGUGUGGGAGCAACACAAACAACUGCAGUGGAUCAGCUAAUGGGUGCACUAAAGGACAUAGUGUUCAGUGAAGGUGAGGAGGCUACCGAAGCUUCGGAAUAUGAAGCAGAUGAUGAGCGCAGCUGGUGGGCACAUCCAGCUAAUGCUGCUGUCUUUGAAGAUGAGGGCGAGUUGGGAGAAGAACAAAUUGGUUCUGAAGAAGAAAUCGAACUAGAGUUUGAUUUUGAAAUAAGUCCCUCGGAACAGCAGAAAAAGCUGGAUGCACAUGAUGAACAAUUGAAGCUACUAGAGCAAGAACAGCAAGCUGCUGAAACAGCCACAGUUAUAGUAGAGCCCACAGAACUCAUUGAUGCGGAAUCAGUGCAUGUCAAAGUCAAGCAAAGUCAAUCACAAUCGCAGUCAAUCAAUCUAUCGGCCCAGAUAUCGCGUGAGAAGCCUAGCACUUUGUCCUUGCUGGAAUCGCAACGACCUAGCGAUCGUUUGGCUGUUGAAAAGGCUUCGAGCCAAUACUUUAGUACACGUCUGGACUCGAAGAAUACGCUGGGCACUGUUAGCAAUUACGAUUUAAGUAGACCUAUCGAAGUUGAGAUCUCCAAUGCGGAUAUACCCAAAAGGAACCAAUCCGAAUUUUUGACUAAAGAAACAGAGGAGCAUCGUGAAUAGCACAAUCGAAUGUUUAAGGUUAUAAAUUCAAAUUCAAAGUUAACUAGUUACAAAUAAAUAUGCAACUU